AUACUAUCUUAAACCGUGCUUCACUCUUUACAGUUGUUUUUUUUAUAUCAUAAUAUUAUAUUAUCCAUGAUUAACUAGUAAGUUUAUCAUAAUAUUAUCUAUAGCCGUGUUUACUACAGUAAAAAAAUGCAUUAUCUAGGUAGGGUACUAAACUGGUCUAUAGAUAUUUAUUAUUUACCAAUGUGACCGAUAAUGUAAUAUGUACCAAAAUAAAAAGAAUAAAUACCAGAACUUCAUUUUUUAUCAAUAUAUGAAAUUACUGUCAAUUUAAUUUGACCUCAAUAAAAGUUUUUCUUAAAAAGAAUUAAAAUGUUGAGGAGGUAUAUUUUGUAUACUACUAAUAAAUUCAUCAAUUGUCGGCAUGUUUCCCAAUCAAUGUUGCAGUCAACAGUUGAUGAAAAAUCAGGCAUAGCUACUGUGACAAUGAAUAAGCCACCCGUCAAUAGCUUAAACCUUGAGUUUUUAGAUGAAAUUAAUACUCAGCUUAAUAAAUUACAGAAAGAUAAAAUACGUGGAAUGAUAUUGACAUCAGGUUUGCAGAAAGUUUUUUGCGCAGGACUAGACAUAACAGAAUUUUAUAAUCCAAAUCCUGAUAGAUUAGCUAAGUUUUGGACUACUUUACAAGAUACAUGGCUUUCACUUUAUAUGACUUCAUUUCCUACUGUAUCUGUCAUUAAUGGCCAUAGUCCAGCAGGAGGUUGCCUGUUUGCCAUGAGUUGUGAUUACAGAGUUAUGGUUGGGCCAAAUUAUUCAAUUGGACUUAAUGAGACUAAAUUAGGAAUUGUUGCUCCGAAAUGGUUUCAAGAUACUAUGGUAGCAGUUAUUGGUCAAAGGAAAACUGAAGUGUCAUUAACAACUGGAAAAAUGUAUACUACUGAUGAAGCAUUACAAAUUGGUUUGGUUGAUGAAAGUUUGCCAGAUGCAGAUAGUGCUCUAAAGAAUGGAAUACAAUUUUUGAAUAAUUUUCAAAAGAUAUCUCCUUGGGCUUAUAAGAUGACUAAAGAAAUUAGUCGUCAACCAACUAUUCAAUGGUUAAUUGAUAACAAACAAAAAGAUCUUGAUUUUGUUAUUAAAUACAUGCAAUCUCCAGUUGUUCAAAAGAAUCUUGAACUUUAUUUACAAUCUUUAAAAAAAUAAGAUAAAAUUAAAAUAAUUUUUUUUA